CACUGGGUGCAACCACAGAACUAAUCAAUGAUCCAUUGAGUCAAGGAACGACCGAGGAAAAAAAGAAAGACAGUAAAAAAAAAUACAGAAAAAGGAACGGUAUUUCGAUUACUACACGCGGAAGCCACGAACCAAAUACCCGCUAACAAAGGUUCCGUUUCCUUGGUAUCGGCAGUACGAAUACGAUAUCCAACGAUAUCCAAACCUGAUAAAGCAUCAUUCCUUUUUGGGCUCCAUCUCUCAAACAUUUUAGCCCCGUUAUUCGUUAUUAGUUCGUUCGACUCCAGUUCGACUAUUGCCAUUAACGCCUUUUUUAUUUUACAUGUGAUUAAAUUACUCCUGCAGAUUGUUUCUGUUGGAAUCAUUCUUACUAUUAUUAUAAUUAUUGUUGUUAUCAUUGUUAUUAGAACAUUUCUCCCUUUCGUUGAUCUUUUUCUUUCCUUAUAUACAUCUUGUCUUAUAUCAUUGAAUUCGCAACAUCGCCUUCCCUGCAUGUGUGAACCGAAGUUUUCCCUCGUCAUUCCCCCUCAUAUUGCCCUCGAAUAUGGCUGUCCCCGCAGCUCCACCUGCAAGCCAUGAUCCGGUCAAUGCCGCUGGGGAGCCCUCGCAGGCUCUCCAGAGACCUUUAAUUGCUGGAAAUACCAGCUCUGACAGCGAUGAGCCGGUUGUAAACGGUGUGGAUGUCGCUCGAGAAGACGAGGCGGACGGAAUGGUCGGUGUCAGCAUCAGUCGAGCCCAAAGUCGCAUGAAGGCCCGUUCGACUCCGGCGGAGGAAAAGACACGCGCGAUGGAACACAAUGGGGGUUAUUUUGACCCCAUUCCAGACACCGACGACUCGAGCGGUCUUUAUACUUCCGAGAUCACCGAUGAACCAGAACAACUACCACAGACCUCAAAGCCGGAGUCUAGCCAACCGUCAGUUUCACCCCAGACUGAGGCAUACCAAAACGGAACAGCUUUCUCUAAAGAUGGUGCCAACAGUCGCACCAGUUUCACCCGGUCGAUCUUGAAGAACGGCUUGCCCCUGCGGCCUCGGGCUUGGUCGGGCGAUACCAUGAAGAAGUUCCUGCCCGAUUUAGGGUAUCUUACUAAACGGACUUCUUUGCCUUUCCGCUCUUCGCAAAAUCGCUCUCGCAGUCAGACCCUGAAACCUUCCUCGUCCAAGUUGGCGCUUGGCCAAGAGGAAGAAUCUUAUGCAAAGCCAAGGCGCAGAUCGUGGAACGAUUCCGACUCUAACAACGGGCUCGUUGAUGAGCCAAUCUCCGAUCUUAAACCGCUCGACGGCGCGACGGCAGCCAAGCAUUCGUUUACCCGUCGGCCCAGCACGACUGUUUCAGGUGCGCCGUUGAUGCUUAGGAGAUCAUCUUCUGAUCAAUCCUUGUAUCUGAGAGCAUCAUCCACUGCGUCAUCACUCGAUCAGCGGCCCCAGUAUGAGCACAUUCACUCUCAAGUCAACAGCCGGUUCAAGGCCAUCAAGGACAGUCUACAAGACUCGAGCAGCCGCUUGCUUAGCAUGCCUAGCUUGCACUUACAGGACUUGCGGAGUGACUGGGGCUACAAACCGUUCCUGGGAGAUGUUGCGAAUCGGAAAGGCAACAACUACGCCGAUGAACUGCCACCUACGAGUGACGCGCCUCGAGAACAAGCGCCACCUCAAUUCGGAGCGCGUCCACCGCGAGCUAAUUCCAAUACGUGGCAUCCCAUAUUAAACGAAGCUAUGUCUGAGUUAACGGGCGAUGUUGUUAUCAUGGGAGGCUACCGAGGAUCUGUCUUACGUUCCGCUAAACCACCACAGCGUCAACUGUGGGUUCCGAUGAAAGUUGGGCUAAAUCUUCGCAAAGUGGACCUUGAAGUCGGCCUGAACCCGGAGGAUGAGGAGCGCAUGGAGGAAACAAUUAUUCCCUCGGGAGUUCUAUCGCAUGUCGGGCCGGUUGACAUUUGUCGUCGACUGAUGAAACACCUCCGAAAGUCUGAGAAUGCUGUCAAAGGUGACCUCCGCGUAUGGGACUAUGGUUACGAUUGGCGCUUGAGCCCACAUCUUCUCUCAAAAAAGCUGAUCAAGUUUCUGGAGGGCUUACCCUGUAAUGCGCCCGGUGUCCCCUCCGAAAAGAGGGGUGCUUGGGUUGUUGCGCACAGUCUCGGGGGCUUGAUCACCCGCCACGCCGUAAACCAACGUCCGGAACUCUUUGCUGGCGUUCUCUACGCCGGUGUCCCGCAACACUGUGUCAAUAUCCUAGGCCCUCUUCGCAAUGGGGAUGAUGUAUUGCUCAGCUCUCGUGUGCUCACGGCUCAGGUGAACUUCACAUUCCGGACCAGCUUUGCCCUCCUUCCCGAAGAUGGGCACUGUUUCAUCGAUAAGCGCACCAAAGAAGAAUAUCGUGUGGACUUCUUCAACGUCCAGGCCUGGGACGAAUACCGGCUUUCGCCCGUCAUCAACCAAGCCCUCCCACCCAUGACAAACAAAGGCUUCGGUCUUGGAGGUAACAUCGGGAAACGCUUCUCCGCUGUUCUGGGUAGCAAGGAUAGCUUGCCAUCUGAGGAUACACCCGACGAGGAGCACCAAGAUCCGAACCAGACCGGUCGCAGCAAUCCAAAUCCCAUUACCGACCCAGCCGAGAAACUAGCCCCGAGCAUUGAGGGCGUUGUUGGCCCGACGUCCAACCUCCGCGGCUCGGCCAAUGUCAAAGCCACCACUACCGUUACCAUCCCCCGAGCUGCAGCCAUAACCUAUCUCGAACGCACACUCGCCGAAGUCCGUCGCUUCAAGCAAGAACUCGCUUUCAACCCCUCUCAUCAAUCCAGCAACAGCUACCCGCCUUUCGCAGUUCUAUACGGCAAAUCAGUUCCCACCGUCUAUGGCGCGCGCAUCUCGACGCGUGAACAGAUUAAACAUCAAGAUGCCUACGAUGACCUCGCCUUCGCCGCAGGGGACGGUGUCUGUCUCGCGUCCGCAGCAAUGCUGCCCCCAGGUUAUCGAAUCAUUAAACAUGGCCUGGUGAGAAGCGAUCGUGGUCACGUCGGGUUAUUGGGCGAUCUGGAAGGCGUCGGCCAAUGUCUUCGGGCUUUGGUGCGCGGAAGACGAGAAAAUGUAGGAAUCAGCGAUUCACCAUCAUCAACCUGAAGAUACCUCUUCUCUCCUCUUCUAUAGUUAUCUCCCCCUUUUGAAGCGAUACCCUUUCUCCCCUCUCUUAUAGAAGAAAAACCAUCCUCAUUUUGUCCCCUCGCCCAAUAUUUCUUCUCAAGGCUUAUUUCUGACAGAUUUGCCUUGGAUCAUGCUCACGAUGAUGAUCAUACGAGUAAUGACAAAAAUUGCAUUACAUCUUCACAUUAUCCGAAAGAACUAUAUCUUGCAUAAAGUGCUGCGGUACUAUAUCUGUAUAUAUUUACUGUUAUAUAGAAACCUGUAUAUACAAACAACCUGAGUCUAUCUGUUACUUUUUUUUUCUUUUUUGGGAACCGUAACCACAUAAUCU